UAUUUAUCGGUAUUUAUCGACCUGUCAAAGUAUGAUUGUUGCGUUUUGUCGUUUGUGGUCAUGUACAUUGAAUAGUAGAAUGUUGCCCAGUUCUUUGGAGUUGGUUUUCGUUGCAUUUAUAUUAAUAUUGCCAUUCUUGUAUGAAAGUAGUAAAGCUUUCAGAUAUUACUUCAAGUUCUUUAUAUAUUAUGGAAUUGUAAUGACGACGGCUGUCGUGGUAAUUCCAAUUAUGAUGUGCCGGCCAAAGGAUGUAAAGAAUCUGCUUUUGGCCUCCUCACUCUGCCGCCACAUCUCGUGUCUUGUUGGAUUAAAAUGGGAACUUCGUGGGCAAGAACACCUAGAGAAGGAGCAAGCUUGCAUUAUUGUGGCCAAUCAUCAAAGUUCACUGGAUAUUUUAGGAAUGUUUGACAUUUGGCCAGUAAUGGAUAAAUGCACAGUUGUUGCCAAGAAAGAGCUGUAUUAUGCAUGGCCUUUCGGUUUAGCUGCUUGGCUGUGUGGACUCAUAUUUAUAGAUCGGCUUAACUCAGACAAAGCUCGUGCUACAAUUAACAAAGCAACAACUCUCAUUAAGGAAAAAAAGAUAAAGAUGUGGGUUUUCCCAGAAGGAACCAGAAAUAACACUGGAAAUAUUCUUCCUUUCAAGAAGGGGGCUUUUCAUGUUGCCAUUGCAGCGCAGGUCCCAGUGCUGCCAGUUAUAUUUUCAUCAUACUAUUUCCUGGAUAAUAACAGCAAGGAGUUUGAAUCAGGUAACAUAAUAAUCACUACGCUUCCUCCCAUCAAAACAGAAGGACUCUGCAAAAGUGAUGUGGAGGAUCUGAUGAAUCGCACACGGGCCACGAUGCUGGAAGCAUUCACCGUCACAUCAAAGGAAGUACAAGCAGCAGCAUUAAUGAAAACCCCGAGCUAUUAAGUGCAGUAACUUGCGAGGAGGAAAGUGGUGUGUCAGUGCAUGAUCACAGUGAAGAUAAUGUCAUAUGUUUAACCUUUAUCGUCUGGAUGUAGAGCUGUCUCUACUACAGAACUGGAAACCAGAUUUAAACUUAGUGGUAAUGGGAUUUAUAUUGUAAACAGUGUAUGAGCAGGCCUGCUGAGGCCUCCUGUACCAGUGUGUUUACCAUCACAGUUGCGUGACCCACGGACAAUAAAUGUUAAAUGCAAUGAAUUUACAUGUAAUGACCGAGUGUGAGUAACUUCUCAGUGGGGACUUUCUGUGUUGAAAGGAUGUCAUGUUAAUAUGAACCAUUAAAUUCACAUAACGGUAGUUAUUUAUCCCUGGGCAGAUACUUAGCUAAAUAAGUUCAUGGCAGAGGGUUAUUUCUGAAACUUGGGAGUUAUUUAGAUGAUCAGAAAAUUCCCUGCCUUUAUUGAACCCGAAGGUUCAUAAUCAUGUUCACCAUCCUCAGCCAUCUGAAUCUUAUAGUUUGAGAUGAGCACGGGGCUAAUGAUCCCUCACUCUAAUGAGAUUUAUAUGGCUCAUCAUUGUUGAUUGCACUGUGAUAAACGUUACAACAAAGGUUUUAGUCUUACUCUAUUCCACAAGUGAUGAUAACAAAUGAGACCUUUGUUAGAAAUAUUCUUUAUAUCAGGUUUUUAUAGUAUGAACUAAACCAUUUUUAAACAGCACAUUUCAGUUUUGGUUGCAUAAGAAGGAGAGUGAAUCUAAGUGGGAUUAAAAUGUCCUAUGAUGGACGCUAUGGAUUUUGCAUCAGGUUCUCCUAUAAAAAAUUUAAUAUGUGAAUGUAAUACACAAAGUGAGUCUGUUGGAAAACUAGCCAGGAAAUCCACUCCCCUCCAUUUAAUUACCUUGAAAACCAUAAUGUUUGUGGGAAAAUUGUAUUGGACAUAAAAUAGUGUCAUUUUUCUCAGUAAUUUUGUUUGAAACAUUUUUUUACUAUGAUAAAUGUGUAAAGAGUUGCACUAAAGAUGCACACAGAAAUCAUUAUUGAGUUUGACAUAAAAUGAACAUUAUUGUUGCCUGAUUUUAAUCAAAACUGAAAUGUGUUAAAAAAUUUAGUAAAUUUCAUGAAAAGAUGUGUUCACUUAUUCUCUAGUUGUUAUAUAUAUAUAUAUAUAGACAGACAUGGCAAAGCUGAAUAGCUCAUUUUGUGCUUCACUGAAUUUUACAUUCUCACAGUGUGACUAUGAAUAGUGCUUCUGGGGUCACAUCUCAAAGCACAUUUUGUACUAAUGUUCAUAACUUAUUUUUAGUCCUGGCUGCAUAAGAUCCAAAAAUGAGACUAUGAAGUUUUGUUUAGUAUAGUCUUAGGGAAAGAAUUUAUUUAAUUAUAUUCAGGUACUUUACUGCAGUUACAAAUUAUAUUUUAAAGGCAUUUUUUCCACUUGCUUUUGGCAGUUGCCCAUGUUAUUAGUUAGUGGCAUACUGUAUAAAAUUUUCAAGACAUUGAUGUGUCAUUCCAUGCUGAAGGUUAAUAUUUUCAGUAUUCUGCUGCCCUUUUUUAUAAGUUAAUUGAAACAGUAUUUCAUAAGAUACUACCUAUAAUUGUGAUUGGUGCUUGCUGGUUGUUAGUUGCCAGACAUUUUUGUCAACUAUGGGCAUCUCUAGCUUGAAAAUGAAAGGUAAAUGUAAAGUUGUCCCUGUGCUUAACUAAUUAAGCACUAUACCAUGAAGAUGUAUGGGGGAGUGGAUAUGUAGAUCCACGUUUUCUUGACCUUGGCACUAGCUGGAGGUAAGUGGUCAGCUUCUCGCCACAGCCACUUUAUUCCCAGUACAAGAGCUUCUGGUAUCCAUUGGAUAGGAGGCUGUGUGGGCACCAGAGCCAGUCUGGACUACAUGGAGAAGAGAAAAUCCU